AAUAACUAAAUAUCUGCAUAAACCUGCCGGCCACUCUCACACUUGUUUCAACACUUGAUAACUUCGAGAUGUCAAACUUUGCUGACUUAGCCUCCACUCAGAAGACAUUGGAGAGCACUCUUCUUAAGAUGAUGGCUGGCUUUGAAGGUAAGCUCCAAGCUAUUAGUCCACAAACAACAACAGAUAUUGAACAGUUGUCGAAGGAAUUUCAUGACUUUAAAAGCUACACUCAUCAAGUCUUGAGUCUUCUACGUCAGCAAAUUACAUACUUAGUGCACACUACUGAUGAAAUAGAAAUGAGGCAUAGGCGCAAGUAUCUUCUACUUGGUGGAGUUCCUGAAAGUAGUGACAGCUUGACCACUGUGGUUGCUACAAUUUGUAAAGAUCAACUUGAACUAUCUGAUGUCCGACCCUCAGACAUUUCUAGCUGUCAUCGUCUUGGUACAGUAAUUGAAGGCAAAUGUAGACCCUUAGUGUUUCGAACCGCCAAUCCAGCCCUCGGUACGUUAAUUUGGAAAAACAAGACGAAAUUGAAGGGAACUAAGUUUGUUAUUUCCGAAUUCUUGACCCGUCGGAGGCAGGAGUUGUUCCUUGAGGCCCGAAAGCGACUGGGUAUGAAAAAUGUUUGGACGCUGAGUGGCAAUAUAUAUACAAAAGAUCCGGCUGGCGGCCGCUGCCGUAUCCACAACAUCGACGACUUGGACGCCAUAAUUCCCAUAUCUAGUGUGCCCAGUGCUGCCCACAGCUUGCACACUUCGUCCAAAAGGCCGGUUACAGCUUCCCAACCUACUCAGCGUGACAAUGAGGCUUCUGGGGCAUUAAGAACUCGACGUGGUAUGCGAGACAAACAUUAGUAUUAAGUAGUUGAUGAUUGUAUUAUCCAAUCAAUUUCAAUGAUACACUGAAGUCACUACCGCUAAAUUUCAUUUUUCUUAUCAACCCUCAUAUUUGUUUUUAUUUUGAAAGUUCACUCUAAUUGCUAGUGUUACAACAAUUUUAUUUUUCUUGUAUUUAUUA